AAUCAUAUGGCUUAUAAUAACCUGUUUUUCCCAAACAAAACCAGCUUCAUUAUCAGCUUCUCUGCUUCUUCAUAGAAAAAACUCAGAAUUUUUACUACUCAAACCUCAGAAACUCUAGUCUUAAAAAUUAAAGAAAACCCGAAAAGGCGGUCGUUUUUUUACGAGUAAUUACCUGAAUAUGCAUUGUCUAAGAUUGAUCAAUGCAUUUGACAAAAAAGCUCCUGCUAUGCUUAAGGAAGAUGGAGAAAAUGGUAAGGGAAGUAUGGAAGGUACUGUAAUCUUGAAGAACACAAAGAAAAGUCUGACUGAUCGCAUUUUUCGACGAAAGAUUUAUGUUCAGCUUGUUAGUGCUGUUCACAGUGAUCCUGCUGCAAAUGAUUUGAAAGGUAAAUUAGGAAAACGAGCAUAUUUAAAAGAAAAGAUAAAAAAACCCUCUGGGUUGGCUGCUGAUGAGUCUGCAUUCAGAGUUAAAUUUGAUUUGGAUGACGAGGUUGCUGUUCCUGGGGCAUUGAUAGUAAGAAAUGAGCAUCACAGUGAGUUUUAUCUAAGGACUAUUACCUUGGAAGGCGCUCCUGGUCAUGGAAAGAUCCAUUUUCUUUGUAAUUCUUGGGUUUAUCCAACUCAUCGUUACCAGAAAGAUCGAAUAUUCUUCAGCAAUAAGACAUACUUGCCUCAUCAAACUCCUGAGCCAUUAAGAAAGUAUCGCGAAGAAGAGCUACAGAUUUUGAGAGGAGAAGGAAAGGAAAAUGAUAUGCUCCAUGAGUGGGAUCGUGUUUAUGACUAUGCAUACUACAAUGAUCUAGGAGAGCCAGACAAAGGAAAAGAAUAUGCCCGGCCUAUAUAUGGAGGAUCUGCUGAGUAUCCUUAUCCACGUAGAGGACGAACAAGCCGCCCUCCAACAAAGACAGAUCCUAAUAUUGAGAGUAGGCUGCCUCUAAUCAGGGGAAAAGAUGUCUAUAUCCCAAGAGAUGAAAAGUUUGGGCAUAUUAAGUUGUCUGAUUUCUUGGCUGAUACAGUCAAGUCUAUAACUCACGGCGUUGUUGGCUUGGUGGAUGCGGUGCUUGACAAAACUCCGAAGGAGUUUGACACUUUUCAAGAUGUGUUAGACAUGUAUGAAGGAGGAAUUAAGUUGCCAGAUAGUCCAUUUGUGGAAAAAAUUAGGGAAAAUCUACCAAGUGAAUUUCUGAAAACGCUUGUUCGGAAUGAUGGUGCACAUUUUCUGAAAUAUCCAAUGCCUGAUAUAAUAAAAGAGGAUAAAACAGCUUGGAGGACUGAUGAAGAAUUUGUCAGGGAGAUGCUUGCUGGUAUAAAUCCUGUUGUCAUUCGCCGGUUAGAGGAGUUUCCUCCAGUUAGUAAGCUAGAUGCUAAACGUUAUGGAAACCAGAACAGCUCAAUUACCAAAGAGAGCAUUGAAGAGAAUCUAGAUGGGUUAACUGUGGAAGAGGCAAUCCAGAGUAAUAGGCUAUACAUAUUGGAUCACCAUGACACAGUAAUGCCAUUCUUAAUGAAAAUCAAUACAGAAACUCCCUCAAAGGUCUAUGCCACUAGAACACUUCUCUUUUUGAAAGAUGAUGGAACUUUGAAGCCAUUGGUAAUCGAAUUAAGUCAACCACAAUCAAAAGGGGAUCAGAUAAUUGGUGCUGUUAGUGAAUUAUAUAAGCCAUCCGAGGAUGAAAUAGAAGCCAACCUUUGGUUAUUGGCCAAGACUUAUGUAGCUGUUACUGACUCGGCUUAUCAUCAACUCAUCAGCCACUGGCUAAACACUCAUGCAGUGAUAGAGCCAUUUAUAAUUGCAACGAAUAGACAGUUGAGUAUGCUUCACCCAGUUAACAAACUUCUGCAUCCUCACUUCCGUGAUACAAUGCCUGUUAAUACAAUAGCGCGACAGAUUGCUCUUAAUGCUGAUGGGUUGUUUGAGGCAGCAGUUUUUCCCCGAAAGUAUGUUGUGCAGUGGACAUCCGCACUGUAUAAAGACUGGGUUUUCACUGAGCAAGCCCUUCCUAAAGACCUUAUCAAGAGAGGUAUGGCAGUCAAGGACCCGGAAAGCUCUCAUGGGUACAGGCUAUUCAUAGAGGACUACCCAUAUGCUGUUGAUGGGCUAGAAAUUUGGUCUGCAAUUGAGCAUUGGGUGAAAGAAUAUUGCUCAUUUUACUACAAAUCUGAUGACAUGAUUGCUAAUGAUCCUGAACUACAAGAUUGGUGGAAAGAAAUCCGGGAAAAGGGCCAUGGUGACAAGAAAGACGAGGAGUGGUGGCCAGAAAUGAAGACAUUAGAUGUACUGAUAGAAACCUGCACAACCAUUAUAUGGGUGGCUUCUGCACUCCAUGCAGUAGUUAACUUCGGACAAUACCCUUAUGGUGGAUACAUGCCUAACCGGCCUACUAUAAGCCGGAAAUUCAUGCCACAACCAAAUACUCCUGAGUUUGAAGAACUAAAGACUAAUCCAGAUGGUGUUUUCUUCAAGACAGUAUUAAGCCAAGUCCGAACAUUGGCAGCUAUAUCAGUAAUAGAGCUUAUAUCAGGGCAUUCUGCAGAUGAGGUGUAUCUUGGACAGCGAGAGCCUGGAUGGACUUCUGACUCUCAACCAUUAGAAGCACUUGAAAGAUUUAGCAAGACACUAGUGGAGAUUGAAAACAGGAUCCUAGAACGAAACAAUGAUCGAAAACUGAAGAAUCGAGUUGGUCCAGCUAAGUUGCCCUUCACAUUGCUGUGUCCUUCAAGUGGAGUUGGGAUCACUGGCAGGGGAAUUCCUAACAGUGUCUCAAUUUGAAGCUGUUUUGACUAGCUUUAUAGCACAUUGAAGAAUAAUAGCAAAUAAACAUGAAACUGUAAGAUUGUGAAUUUAUAAUUUUCUAUAGAAUAAGAUGUUUGGAGUAGUUUAGGAGGCAUGAUCAUGAGCAAUUGUCAUUAGAGGCAUGAGGUUGUACAUACAUUAUGAAAAGUUGAGAAAUUAGUAAGUAAAUGUUUACUA